GAGCCAAUAUGAUAGGAUAUUGGAAGUACUCAAAGAUGAAGCAGAGCAGCAGCAGCAGCAGCCAGAGCAGCAUUCUAAAAUCUAGAUCAAUGGAUUCUUCCUCACAGCAAAUCAAACAUGACAUGCAAUCACCAAAAGCAACAGUAACAGAUCAUAGCAUCAAACAAGACCACAACAAUAGAAAGAGUUCAUUUUCAGAGCAAGAACAAGAAAACGGAGAGGUGUUUGGGGUGAUUUUGAGAAGUUAUUCAGUUUCAUCCUCUGCUUCUCUUGCGUUGAGAGCUGAGAAACAGAAUUCAGUGCUUGAGAAGGCUGUCAGGAAGACAUUUUCUCUGAGGAGAUCGCCCUCAAUUCCAGAAGGGCGUUAUGGGAUUUUUCACCAGUUUGAUGCAGUUGAUGAUGAUGGAGUGAAGGCAAGAAGAUCCAAAAACAAAAGAGGAAAUAUAUUUAAAGCCUGCAGGCGAAUACUGGGGUUUUAAUUUGCCACCGUCAUUAUGUUGCUGAGUUUCUUUUACCAUUGGUCUGCUUCAAUAGUUCCCUCAGAACAUGUGUAAGGUUUAGAAUUUCCCUCUUAUUUCAAUAAUGGAGAAACAUGAUU